AAAUAAUUAACUUUUUAUAUUAAUUGUAAUUAAAUUUUAUUGAAUGUUAUUGCUGGCUUUAUCUAUUUAUCCGGCGGCGCUCACCUUUCCUUCAACCCAAAAUUUUGGAGGAAAGGAUUACGAACCCAGCAUCCACAUCUCGCUGGGUGGAAAAUUAGGUUUCUACUACCCAUCGCUCAGCUGUUCGACGUUAUGCCUAGCUUGACAAGCUUGUAGUGUUGGAGAUCGAUGAAGCGCGUCUUCUCGCUCCGGCUUCCAUUCAGCCUACUCCCUCUCCUGGCCAUCAUCACCCUCCUCAGUUGCCGCGCCUCCGUCCGUCUGGGCUUCGGCUCUCAAUCUCCUGCCGCCGACGCAUCCCCUGUCGUAUCGGUGUUGUCCAACGUCACCAUCCUUCUCCGCCUUGCCUCGUUGGAUCUUGCAGAGACAGGUGUGAGGAAGGACAUUGACGAGCUUCUGGAAGGCAACUUCCCCUCCUCUACACGCGUCGCCUCCGCUGGGUUGCGCCAUCUCCCAGCCGCGAUGUGGCGGCGAGAGAACAGCCACUUUGAUGUCGGGCUUCGCGCCGGAUUAGAUGGCCGGGUCCAGAUCCGCGUUCGCUCCCCUCGUGACUACAAUAUCUUUCCAGAGCUCCGCCGAUCCCUCCGUGAUUGGUGGAAGAACCGCCGUUUCCAGCCGGAAAUAAUGUCUGAGCUCUAUAAACUCGUGAAACGGCCCCUUGACCGCCACAACGGAUUGACGGACUCCAGCCCUCGCUACGCUUCCUGCGCCGUAGUCGGAAACAGCGGGAUCCUCCUCAAUAGCGACCGCGGCGAGCUCAUAGAUGGCCACGAGCUCGUGAUACGGCUCAAUAACGCCCGCACUCAUGGCUACCAGCGCAAAGUCGGCUCCAAAACUGGUCUUUCAUUUGUGAAUAGCAAUAUUCUCCAUCUCUGCGCCCGAAGACCGGGCUGCUUCUGCCAUCCCUACGGCGAGAACGUGCCCAUGAUCAUGUACAUUUGCCAAGCCGUCCACUUUCUUGACUACACGAUCUGUAACUCCUCCCACAGAGCUCCUCUGUUGAUCACUGAUAUCCGUUUUGAUAUGUUGUGUAGCAGAAUUGUCAAGUAUUAUUCACUGAAGAGAUUCGCUGAGGUGACUGGAAAACCAUUUGAGGAUUGGGCCAAGUUUCAUGAUGAGAAGAUGUUCCAUUACUCCUCGGGGAUGCAGGCAGUGAUGCUAGCUCUGGGGAUUUGUGAUCAAGUUAGCGUCUUUGGGUUUGGGAAAUCGGCGGAUGCUAAGCAUCAUUAUCAUACAAACCAGAAGGCGGAGCUAGAUUUGCACGAUUACGAUGCAGAGUAUGCCUUUUACCAAGAUCUAGUUGAUAGGCCGCAGGUGAUACCUUUCCUUAAGGAUUCUGGGCUAACAGUUCCACCUCUUGUUUUUUAUUAUUAAGAGUUUGAUUCAAUUGAAUUGAAACUUUAGGUUUAUGUGAGCUCAAGCUUCACGUUUUCAAUUGAAUAUAAUUUUUCGGAAAGGAAAGUAUUGAAUAGGAUAGGAACAACCAUUCACCAACCUAUGCUAUGAUGUGCCUGAUGGUACCUGCAAAUGUAAAAUUAAAUCCCCAGGUCUUUUUGGCUUUUUGCAAUUCUUGUGUGAUGAAACUUUUCUUAAAGCAAUGUGUGGAACCAUGAUUAAUUAGGAGAUGCUGGAUAAAGAAGCAUUAAUAGAUUAAAUUAUUCAGUUUUAUUCAAUUAAAUGUAUAAUAUGUUGUUGCUGCUCAUAUGCCAAAAAAAAAAAAAAAAA